UCUACCCCUUCUCGUUUACGCUGCUCAUUUAUGGAACACGUGAGUGUACGUCUAAUUUGGCUGUGUUCCGAAAUUUACUGCCAGUACUGAAAAUGUAUAGUACGCGUAAUAUGAACUAUAGACUUCUAGUACUGACAGUGAAUUUUGGAAGGCAGCCAAAGAUAGCUGAUUAGGGCAUUCAGUUUUCAGAGAGCAGAAACGAGUAGAAGGGAUAAUGUAAAGUGUGGAACUGUAGAGUUCAACUCUACAUCAGUGCGACUGAGUGCGACUAAAGUUCACAUUCUGCUAACAGCGUGUUAAUUAUUACUUAACAUGCUCUCUAUUCAUUUUUGCAUAUCAUAUCGUGUACUUUGCAAUAGCAUUUACAUUAUUUUAAUCCUGUAACAAUAAUAUACCGUGAUAUGUAAUACAUUUAAAUAAGACUGUACCUGUGAGCAAGUGUGUUGGAGAUAACGCAUUUUUUUAUCUUACAUUGUAAAAUUACGUAGCUAUUUAUGCCAUUUCAUUAUUACAAUCCCAUAUCAGAUGAUAUUUAGCGUUUACGUACAUCUCAAACAAUACUGACAAUUGAUCAGUCAAUGUUAUUGACCAGUGACAAGUCAUGGGUAAAAAAUUACGGCAGUCACCGUGACGCAAAAUAAAUUAUUCACAAGGGCGAUUAUAAAACGGCACUUUCUAAUUAUGCAAAAAUUGCUGAAUAACCGUGUAUUGUCACUCUUGAUGUCAAUCGGUAAGAUUCGUUGUAAUCGUUUGUCCACGACACGUUACAAAAAUUCUAAUUUCACGAGAGAAAAACACACGAUGUCCACCGCCAGUGACUUGAUAAAGGAUUUGCCAAAAGGACCACUAGAUUCUUAUAGGAAACGAGCGACGUUUGAUUGGAAGUCGUUCAAAUUAUCUUUAGAGGGAGAAGAUCGUGUACUAUAUCAGAAAAAAUUAUGGCAACUUAUGGAGACUCAUCCAGCGUUUCAAAAGUCGACAUGGCCAACGAAUUUGGAUAAAAUUCGAAAAUGCUGCAACAGUCGGAUACAAGCACUUCGCGAGAAUGACAUAGAUCCACUUGGAGAUCUUGAUUCUUAUCUUUAUAUUUUUCAAUACGAUGGGUCGAUAGGAGUAAAAUCGGCUAUCUUAUACGGUAUGGUACCAAGUACCGUAUUAUCCUUGGGUACCAGUCAACAUCAACGUCUUGUGACAGAACUCAGCAGUGGACAUUACGUCGGUUGCUUUGCUCUGACUGAAAUUUCUCAUGGAACCAAUGCAAAAGGCAUGCGAACCAGAGCAACAUAUGAUGUAACAACAAAAAAUUUUAUCUUUCAUACACCCGAUUUUGAAGCUGCAAAAUGUUGGGCAGGUGGUUUAGGAAAAAGCGCAACGCACGCCAUCGUAUUUGCACAGCUAGUUACACCUGAUGGAGUGAAUCGUGGUCUGCACAUUUUCAUCGUGCCAAUUCGCGAUCCGAAAACUCAUCUACCCUUUCCCGGCGUCAUCGUUGGUGAUAUGGGUGAAAAAAUAGCUCUUAAUGGGAUAGACAAUGGAUUUCUAAUGUUUGAUAAUUACUCAGUACCGCGUAGCUGCCUGUUAAAUCGCACCGCGGAUGUCAGCGAAGAUGGAAAGUAUGUCCUCGCUAUAAGGGAUGAACGAAAAAGAUACGGCUCGUCAUUAGGUGCACUUUCAGGAGGCCGUGUCAAUAUUACUGGAAUAUGUGCACAAUAUAUGACUGUUGCAUUAACGAUUGCCAUACGUUACUGUGCAGUUAGGAAACAGUUUGGCCCUACCGAGAAUAACGAAUUGCCAGUUAUAGAAUAUCAGACGCAACAAUGGCGAAUCAUUCCUCAUUUAGCUGAAACAUACGCAGUAAAAAUAUUUGCAAUGGCGUUAUAUGAAAGUCUAUAUAAGCUUCAUAUGAGCCGCUUCACAGAUGAGAAUGGAGAUUCGACUGCCGAUCUAGGAAUGGAGAUGCACGCAUUAUCUUCUGCAGGGAAACCAUUGUGUGCGUGGAUUUCUCGUGACGCGAUUCAAGAUAGCAGAGAAUCUUGCGGUGGGCAUGGCUAUUUAAAAAUGUCUCGUUUGGGUGACAUAAGAGGUGAAAAUGAUGCAAAUUGCACGUAUGAAGGUGAAAACAAUGUACUUAUUCAACAAGCAAGUAACUGGUUGUUAAAUCAAUGGUCUAAUGUGAUUAAAGGACAAUCUGUAGCGUCACCGCUUAAUUCCGCGGAUUUUCUUGUGAAUGCGGAACAAAUACUUAGCAGCAAAUUUAAUCAAACUACAAUGGAAGGUGUACUAAAUCCUGAAAAUUUGCUUCUAAUGUUUAAGUGGUUGGUUUGCUAUUAUUUAAAAAAGACAUAUCAACGUAUGAUGGAACUUAAAUCAAGUGGAAUGUCUAAUUUUGAUGUAAAAAAUAAUAUCCAAACGUUUUUCGCGCGAACUUUAUCACUUGUAUAUGCAGAGCAUGCAGUAAUGCUGUAUUUCAUUAGAUGUAUCCAAGAUCCAAAAUGGAAAACAAAUGAAAAAGAAGUACUGACAAAGUUGUGUUCUUUAUUCGGAGCGAUAACAUUGGAGAAGAGACUGGGAGAUUUAUAUGGUGGUGGUUAUGCUUCCCCUAAUAGUAAUAUAGAUGAUCUUUUGCGGGAAGGAAUUAUAAUAUUGUGCAGAGAUUUAGUUGACAAUGUUGUUGCAUUAGUUGACGUACUGGCACCGCCAGAUUUUGUUCUUAAUUCUGCUCUAGGAAUGUCUGAUGGCGAGGUGUACAAACACAUGAAAGAAUGGAUAUUUAAAGACAAAGAGAAUUUGGAACGUCCAUCAUGGUGGAAUGAAAUCCGAUCUAAAUUGUAACAUUAUGGGUACUAAUAGAAAUAUUAUAUUUGUGGAUUUAAAAUAUUUUUAAAAUUUAUGACUUGAAACCAACGCACAAUUUCAUACUGUUCCUUCAGAAUUAUGCAUAUUAAUAUUGAAAUAAUUUGUUGUAGUGUACUACAUAAAUGUAAUUAGUGCCUUAAUACCAAUCGUUAUAUCUUGUGAUAUUUAAUGCAUCAAUAUCACUUAUUGCUAAUUUUUUUUAUACAAUUUAAAUAUAGUUUUUAUAUAUAUAUUAUGAAGAUUUUUACAUCUUGUUGAUAUUUUUGGUUAAUAUAUAAUAUAUAUGAUCAUUUA